AUGGGCUUUGCCUCUUGUUCGUGGCCGAUAUGGCGCAUUGAUGACUUCACCACGUGCUUCCAGUCCGACUACCUCCAGGUCCUAUUCCCCUUGAUCGUAAUAUGUCUAUCCGUCUUCCAUCUCGCCGUCCAGAGCAUCUACCGCAACGUCAAGUUAAAACGAGCAGACGGCUACGACCAACUGCCCAACCACCGAGAUCACACCGACCUGCCACCCGAGGAGGAAGAAUCGACGAAUACGGGCGAAGAUGAGGGGCUCCUUAUCAACGCGAAUGGUGCCGGUCGUUUGGCCCUCGUCAAGACUACCACCAAGGGCUCCAUCGUUCAAGCCGAUGCGCCGCCGGGGAGGGACAUAUUGGUCGUCGUCGAAGAAGUCGCUGUCUGCGGCCUGAUAGCCGUCAAUGCCAUUGCUCUUGUGACAGAAACAUACGCUGGCCGUGGUCGGUGGGCAGCCCUCAUGGGCAUUGUAACCUGGGUCUACGUCUUGGUCCUUGUUACGCUGAGACUCUUUCUCGGGAACACGAAGUGGCGAGUUCCACGCCUUUGGAACCAUACCGCCUCCAUCUACGCAUUACAAUGGCUGUUCACACUGCCCAUAUUUCGUUCUGCCCUUAUCCAUGCCAGCUCCAAGCGGACGGAAAUUCUGGUCAUUGUCGGCUUCUCCUUGACGACGUUGCUUUUUGGCAUUGCCGUCACUACUAGGAAGGGGAACAAGACGGUCAUCUUGGAAUGGGAGGAUGACAUCGAACCGUCGCGCGAACCCCUCGCUUCUCUCAUAUCAAUCGCAUUUUUCGGUUGGAUUGACCCUAUGCUCUGGCAAGGCUACAAGGAACCUCUUGAGAUGAAGGACGUGUGGAACUUGCUACCGCGCGACAAGGCUGCUGCUGCUCUUGCCAACUAUCGCCAGGUCAAGAAGACGACGUCACUUGCGCUACACCUGGCUGGUCAUUUUAAGGCCAUGCUGCUCAUGCAGUGUCUCUGGGCCGUGCUGACGGGUGUACUGACCUUUGCUCCGACACUGCUUCUGAGGGCCAUCCUGGAGUAUGUCGAAAUGCCAAGCGUAGCACCCAAGAACGUCUUGUGGCUUUAUGUCGUCUUACUUCCCGUGUCGGAUAUGCUGCGGUCAGUCUGCAGCAAUCAAGCACUAUGGAUCGGCAGGACAAUUUGCAUUCGGAUUCGUGCCAUCAUCAUAGGGGAAAUAUAUGCCAAAGCUCUUCGGCGCAAAGCGGCAAGUGGCAGAGACACGGUUCUCGGCGACACAGGUAAAGAGGGCGGCAAUGAGACCAAAUUGCAGAGACUCAAGAGGUUCUUUGGACUCAAGAAGAACGAUGCCAAGAAGUCAAGCCCACAAGAUGCGGAUGUUCCUCAGAAAGACGCCGCCAAGAACCCUGACGAACAAGCGAACCUCGGGACCAUCAUCAAUCUGAUGUCUGUCGACAGUUUCAAGAUCUCUGAAUGCACGGCCUACUUGCAUUUCCUCCUGGCAGAAGCCCCUACUAUGCUCAUUGUUUCCAUCGCCCUUCUGUGGCAAGUUCUGGGCCUGAGCGCUAUUCCGGGACUGAUCGUCAUGGUUUUUCUUCUUCCCGUGAACAUCUUGCUUGCCAAGGGCUUCAGUUAUACCCAAAAGAAGAUCAUGGCUGCCACCGACAAGCGAAUACACACUACCAACGAGAUCCUACAAAACAUUCGAAUUAUAAAGUAUUUCGCCUGGGAGCAACGGUUUGGGGCAAUUGUGGACGAGAAGCGCAUUGUCGAGUUGAAGGCGCUAAGGGCGAGAUACAUGGUCUGGGCACUUGCUGUUGCUAUUUGGAAUACAGUGCCAGUCCUGAUCACGUUCUUCUCUUUCCUGGUCUACACCAAGAUCGAGGGAAAGCCGUUGUACCCCUCUGUUGCAUUCACGUCUAUUUCCCUGUUCAUGCUCUUGAGGAUACCUCUGGAUCAAUUUGGAGAUAUGCUAGCUCACGUGCAGGAGUCCAAGGUUUCGGUCGACCGUGUCGAGGAGUUUUUGACCGAAGACGAGACAGACAAGUACGAGCAACUCGGGGACGACAACGUGGAUGACGAGGGCAGCAAGGUGAUUGGUUUCAGAAAAGCCAACUUCAUCUGGGGUAGCAAGGACGCCGUGGCCGCCGAUGGUUCUACAGCCUUUCGCCUGAUGGAUCUGGACGUGGAUUUCAAAAUCGGCAAGCUCAAUCUUAUUGCCGGUCCCACAGGCUCUGGAAAAACCUCAAUGCUGAUGGCCCUACUUGGUGAGAUGACCCUCACGAAAGGAAAGGUCUACCUUCCAGGUGGUCACAGCCGCGAAGACGUCCGACCGGAUCCAGCCACGGGGCUAGCUGAGACUUGCGCCUACGUCGCACAGGCCGCUUGGUUGGUCAACGCCAACAUCAAGGAAAACAUCUUGUUUUCGGCGCCAUACGAUGAGAAGAGAUACAAAGAGGUCUUGGUUGCCUGCGCUCUAGAAAGGGACCUCGAGAUUCUGGACAAUGGCGACGAAACGCUGGUUGGGGAAAAAGGCAUCACCCUUUCCGGUGGUCAAAAGCAACGUAUCUCCCUGGCUCGUGCGGUCUACUCGAACUCCCGACAUCUACUUCUCGACGACUGCCUCAGCGCUGUCGACUCGCAUACUGCCAAGUGGAUCUUCAACACAUGCAUUAAUGGUCCACUCAUGACAGGCCGAACAUGCAUUCUUGUCACCCACAAUACCACCCUUUGUGCGCCCUCGGCUUCGUACGUCGUGCUACUGGAUAAUGGCAAGGUUGACGCUCAGGGACCAUCCAAGGAGCUGAUCGCAUCGGGUAAGCUUGGCGAGGAGCUUCGCAACAAAUCUCGACCGAACUCUUCACAUGUCUCACGCAUCCCAUCCCGGGUACCCUCCAAUGUAGGCGAAGAAAGUGGCGAAACUUUUGUUGACGACGGUGGGCAUGGCCUUGCCAACAGCAAGUCUGCUGAUAAGAAGGCCGACCCUCAGGAGGACGCCUUGCAAGAAACCAAGGCCACUGGAGCAGUCAAAUGGCCUGUGAUCAAGCUGUAUCUUGGCUCAAUGGGCCCUUGGUGGUUCUGGGUUAUUGCCGUGACUGUCUUCAGUGCCCAGCAGCUGGGCGGCGUCGCAUCGAACCUCUGGAUCAAAGAAUGGGCCAAUCAGUACACCACUGGCACAGAGAAGAUUUCGAGCAUACAGUUCAGCGUAUCUUCGCAGAAUCCUGCCAGCCCAUCGAGAUACCUCACCUGUUACGCCUCGAUCGCUCAAUAUGUGAAAAGCGCGUCGUUCGUCUCGCUUACUACGCCUGCAGACUACUCGGCGGCCAAUGUCCCAGAGGUUAACGUCGACUACUAUCUUGGUAUUCUUGCCCUGAUAGGACUCGCUGGCGCAUUCCUUGCGCUUGUCCGGGAUCUGUGGGUUUUCUUCGGCUCACUGACCGCUUCGUGGAAGAUCCACAAUCGAUUGGUGUCAUCUGUCGCAAGGGCAAAGUUCAAGUUCUUCGAUGUGACGCCGCUAGGGCAGCUGAUGAAUCGGUUCAGCAAGGAUCUCGAGGCGGUCGACCAGGAAGUGGCACCGGUUGCCAUCGGUGUCAUGACAUGUGCCAUGGGUAUCGGCGUCACGGUGGUCCUCAUAGCUGCCAUUACACCAGGAUUUCUCAUCGCCGGUGUUUUCAUCACUGCUCUCUAUGUCCUGGUUGGCAUGUUCUACCUGCGAGCGUCACGAGAUCUCAAGCGACUCGAAUCUGUGAACCGAAGUCCGCUCUUUCAGCAGUUCGGCGAGACACUUUCAGGAGUCACUACAAUCCGCGCAUACGGUGACGAGCGGAGAUUCAUAAGGGACAACCUGCUCCGGAUUAACAAACAGUCUCGGCCGUUCAUCUACUUGUGGGCCGCUAACAGAUGGCUAGCAAUGCGGACGGAUCUCCUUGGUAACCUGGUCACAUUCUUCGCCGGUGUCUUCGUAAUUCUCAGCCUCGGCAAGAUCGACGCAGGCUCCGCCGGUCUGUCUUUGUCCUACGCCAUUGGGUUUUCCGAUAACAUUUUGUGGCUCGUGCGAUUGUAUGCCAUGAACGAGCAGAACAUGAACUCGGUAGAACGAGUGAAGGAGUAUCUGGACGUGGAACAAGAAGCUGCGCCAAUCAACGAGAAGAACCGUCCCGCCGAGAACUGGCCUGCUCAUGGUGGCGUCGAGUUUAUCGGCUACUCGACCAGAUACCGCAAGGAGCUCGACCCCGUGCUGAAAAACGUCACGUUCAAGAUACGACCACGAGAGAAGGUUGGCAUUGUCGGCCGCACUGGCGCCGGAAAGAGCUCUCUCACCUUGGCAAUAUUCCGCGCGCUCGAGGCAGACUCUGGUAAGAUACUGGUUGAUGAUGUUGACAUCGGCAUGAUCGGUCUCCAAGACCUCCGGGAAGCAAUCACCAUCGUCCCUCAAGAUCCGACUCUGUUCACUGGCACUAUCCGAACAAACCUCGAUCCGUUCACGUUGUAUAGCGACGAAGAGGUCUUUGCUGCCCUACGAAAGGUCCAGCUCAUUGGGCCAUCCGAACCUCUGCCGGCCUCUUCUACAGAUGCAGCACAAAUACUGCUUCCCACCACACCUCUAAUUGAGACGACGGAGGAUGAGGGUGGCGUUUCUAUGCCCACUUCGACCAACAAGAACAUCUUCCUCGAUCUAUCUUCUCUAGUAACGGAGUCCGGCUCGAACUUGUCACAAGGCCAGCGACAGCUGCUGUGCCUUGCACGCGCUAUGCUCAAGGACCCGAAGGUGCUUGUCAUGGACGAAGCAACAGCAUCGAUAGACUACAAUACCGACUCCAAGAUUCAGGGAACCAUCCGGGAGCUGAACAGUACCAUCAUCACGAUAGCUCACCGUCUCGUGACGAUCGUGGACUAUGACAAGGUGCUCGUCCUGGACCACGGCGAGGUGGUGGAAUACGCCCACCCUCACGAGCUCCUCCAAAUGGAAGACGGAAACUUCCGAAGCAUGUGCGAAAUGAGUGGCGAUCUGGAUACUCUGACCGCAGCGGCCAAGAAAGCGUGGGAGGAGAAGAGACCCGUGGACGACGAAUAG